ACGCCUGCCUGUGAAGUUCACACUGAUUUGUUUCUCUUGUUUGUUUCCCUAGGUGAUUUCUCUGGUCAGCUUUUAGCUUAUUUGAGUCUUGGUCCGUUAUUCAUUAUUGUUGGCUUUGUAACACUCAUCAUAUUCAAGAGAGAGCUUCACACGAUCUCUUUCUUGGGAGGGCUGGCAUUCAACGAGGGAGUGAACUGGUUAAUAAAAAAUGUAAUCCGGGAGCCUCGGCCCUGCGAAGAAGCCCAUUCAACAGUGACCACAAAAUAUGGGAUGCCGUCCAGCCACUCCCAAUUCAUGUGGUUUUUCUCUGUCUAUUCCUUUCUGUUCCUUUAUUUAAGAAUGCACCAAACAAACAAUGCGAGGUUUCUGGAUUUACUAUGGCGACAUGUGCUGUCCAUCUGCCUCGUCACAGUGGCUUUGCUAGUCUCAUAUAGUAGGGUUUAUUUGCUUUACCACACCUGGAGCCAAGUCUUAUAUGGAGGUGUGGCAGGAAGCAUUAUGGCCAUAGCCUGGUUUGCCUUCACACAAGAGAUAUUAACUCCUCUCUUCCCACGGAUAGCUGCGUGGCCAAUUUCAGAGUUCUUUUUAAUCAGAGAUACCAGCCUCAUUCCAAACAUCCUGUGGUUUGAAUACACAGUCACAAGAGCAGAGGCAAGAAACAGACAGCGCAAGCUGGGUACGAAGCUCCAGUGACUCGGGAAGUGUGGGGACCAGAGUGCACGUUUUAACAGAGACAGACAAGAGCACAGACCUGGGAGCAGCAAGGAACCUUUUAACAGACGGACCAAAGGAACAGGCAGGGACCAUAUCCAAAACCUGAAAGCCUUUGCUCUGCUUUAGCAGCUAGCUGGAUGCUCCCUGAUGCAUGUGGGACCGUGCAGGAGUAGAAACUCAUUUUCAACACAGAUGCACAUUGCCGGUUGGAAAGUACCAUCGUGUCUACGUCAGGGGAGGGGGGAGAAAAUGCCUGGUGUCAUGUUCGGGGGAGGGAAAACCAAAUAUGAAUCCUUUCUGUGACUUUUUUUUUUUUCCAGCAUGAAAUAUACACACUAUUUAUUUAUUUUUUUAAAUGGAACUAUUGUUUUUGGGGUGGGUGAGGCAUUGGUUGUGUGUUUUGGUUUUGCUUUUUAUCUGGGUUUUUCCUUUUGGAAGAAGAUGACAAAACUAAUCUCAAGUUGAUCAUCAUUAAUUAGGGCUUUCAAUUUUAAAAAACUUCUUAAGGGGGAGGGGAACUAGGAUGGGUUGAUUUGGGCAGAAGGGAGAGGAAGGCUUUCUUUCCUUUCUGCAACCAGUUUGGGAGAU